UGAAUUUGACUAGAAUGUGUAAUUUCAUAAAUUGAUAAUUUAAUGAUACUAAUGCUCAGAUACAUAUGCAAGAUUCCCCCCGCCCUUCCCGCUUCCGAAAAAUAAUAGUAAUGUAAUUCUCGAAAAACAUUAUUUAUGUCCAAAUUUUUUUGUAAUUAUGAUCAAUUCUGAAAUUGCCGCGUAUUUAGCGCGAACGGCAAUUGGCCGAUCGACCGUGUACAAAGCCGACCAAUCGAAUCUGUUCACAUACAACUAACUUUGAAAUCGUCAACGUCGGAUCGCGCGAAAUUCUUGUCUUUCAUUUGUUAAGGGACAUGAUUCUUUCUCCGCGUGUUUUUCUAUAAUUUUCCGCUCGCCUUUUCUUCGAAGUUCGAAUACGUGACUAUUUUCGUUUUAAUUUGAAGAAAUGUCCGCGACGCUUUAAUCCAACGGAUUGUUUAUUGUUUAUUUUCGGAGAGUUGUGUUCGGGAGAAAGCCGGAAUCGAGAAGGGCCAAGAUCGGUCAAGAUCAGUUCAUGUAUCGACAGGAUGCGACUUGAGAGUUGAGCGACGUGAGGAUCACGCCAAGUUUUAUACGCAAAAUUUGUAGGAUUUGUCUCGCUCAUUUCCAAGUAGAAACUACAGUGUGAUAAAUUGUGAUAGUAUUGUAUUAAAAAAUGGAAGUAACUGAAUCUAACACACGUUGCUGCUAUGCACCAGGUUGCAUGCAAAAUAUAAAAAUAAUGAGGCGACAUUUCUUUCGAUUUCCAAAAGAAAGAAAAAGAUGGUUAGAGUGGAUUAAAGCAUGUAACAGAAUGGACUUGAUAACAAUAGGCCCGGAAUAUGCUAAUCGAUAUUUUCGGUUAUGCCAUUUACAUUUUCGAGUAGAAAUGUUUCGAAAUAUAGAGGGAAGAAUUUAUCUUAGUAAAGAAGCUGUUCCAACGAUAUUUUUGAAGCCAUUACAAACAGGAGAUGAUUCAUCUACAACUUUGUAUCAACCAUUUUCCUUUGUAACUAUAUUUUUGAAGCCAGAGACCAGAAAUAAAAAUUUAUCAGAUUUAUCGCAAUCUGAAGUAUCUCAAAUGUAUUCCAAGAAAUCCGAGACAGGAGAUACGACUAUAAUUUCACCAUUGCAAGUAGUUUUCCCAAGAGCAACUAUAAAACAGGCAUAUGAGGAUAGAAAUGAAUCAUCAACUCAGCCAACGUUGUUGGAAAUAAAAUCGGAGAUUGACGGAGUGACACAGAGUACAUAUGCAACAGGACAAUUUGUCAAAGAAAUAUAUCCGAAUGGAACAGCAUCGACAUCGUCGCAAGUAUCGGCAUGUGGAACGUCUUCCUCAAAGGAGGAAUAUAAUAAUAUAGAUUUCAUAGAUUUAACAUCUUCGGACUUUCCGGUAUCAUCAACAGUGUCAACAUCGUCAAAAACAGCAGUAGUUUCAACGCAGCAAAAUUGUGACAAGAAAUUAAAAAGAAAACAUUGGAACAUUGCGACACAGACGCCAAACGCGUGGGUGUACAUCGACUCUUUCCUUCGAGGGAAGAGACAGCAGGAAAAAUUCGAGACUCGUGAUGAUCCAGUCGCAAAGCGGAGGAAGACACUCGGCGCGGAAAACGAAGAUUAUCGCAUGAACGUGGAUCAAUUUAAAACUGCGUGUACAGAUUUGCUACCGCGUAAUUCUGCUCUGUUAAUCUUGGCGUGCAUCAAUGCUCGCGAGAAGCCUAAGGCUAGAAAGAGUUUUAAGUACAGGCAAUUCGCGCUCGAGUUGUUCUUCAUGGCAUCGGGUGCAUACAGAUUUUACCGACCGUUAUGCUUGCUGCCCACAGUGCGCCAAAUGUGGAGACAUAUUCGCAAUUGGGAUAUCCCGCCCGGCUUGAACGACAACGUGUUCAAUGCGUUGCGUUUAAAACUGAAAUCGCUGCCGUCGACGGAGAGACAUUGUUCUUUAUGUGUGAAUGAGAUGCAGCUGAGGCCGAACCUUUUUUACAAUUUAUCGCGCGAUAGAAUCGUCGGUUUCCAUGACACUGGUACGGAGAAGCGGCGCACGCUAGCGAGAAAAGUCUUUGUGAUAAUGGCAUGUAGCUUGGCUGGCGAUUGGGAACAGCCCGUUGCUUACUAUUUCCAUGGUGGCACAUUUUGCACCGAAACUUUGAAGAAUCUGAUAUUUCAAGCGAUAAUUAGAUUGAUGACCAUCGGUGCAACUGUGCACGCUUUAAUUACCAAUACUUCCCCAACAUUUCUACGACUAUCGCGGAAAUUAGGAAUCUCCGCGGAACGCCCAUCAUUUCUGGUAAAUGACGAAAAAAUAUUUUACGUUUUUGAUGUCGCACGACUAAUCAGAAUAACGAGAAACGUGCUCAGGAGUUAUGAGCUCCGCUUCCGCGAGAAGAGGGCCUUGUGGAUGGAUAUCGAACUGUUUUUCAGACGUGACAGUCAGAUGCGACUGUCGCUGGCCCCUAAAUUAUCCCUAAGUCAUCUCGAUCCCAAUGGAUGUCAAAAGACGGAAACCAAGUAUGCCGUUCAGAUAUUCAGUAGCAGCAUAGCCGCAGGUCUAAGCGCAUACAUCGCAUCCGGCGAGUUACCACUGGAAACAAUCGGAACGAUGGAGUUUAUACACAAUUUCGAUCAGCUGUUUGACAUCUUCAACUCCUCCACAUCGACAAAAUCGAAUAUUAAAAAUUUCGGACAAGCUUUCACAGGUAGCAUGCACGAAAUGAGUUUCUUACAUCAAAGUCUCGACUUUCUGAAGUCGAUUAAAAUAAUGGACAGGAAUGGCAAGUGCGUCAAGUCGAUUAAGUGUUUUGAUCGUUGGCAAGUCACGAUCAACGCAGUUAUUCAAUUGUGGAAUGUGUUGAAGGAACAUCAGAUCCUUUCUCUCUAUACAAGAAGAUUGAAUCAGGAUGGCAUGGAGCGCGUUUUUCGUUCUAUUAGACGACAAAGCGGAAAUCGCGUCAAACCCACGCCUAUACUGUUUACUCACGCAUUUAAAAAUCUUGUCAGUAAGCACUUCCUCGAGCAUUCAAGCGGAGGCGAUUCCGCUGUGAACGGGCGGAAGAUGCUCAAGCGAAUAGCGUUAUCGUCCCCGUUGGAGUUAUCCUUGAUGACUGACGAGGUUUCACCUACAACUCGAGUAGUUUUGAACGUCGCGGCGACGAAUUAUCGCAAUUUUGAUUUGCGGCUACCUGAGAAAAGUGCGUUUAAACGCGUGUGCGAGUUUCUGCUCAAUGAAUGUUUGCAAGUGCACGUUAAUUGUGACGUGUGCAUCGCUUAUGUCGCUAAGGAAGGUAACCACAGCAGAGACGCCACGAGCUCCUUCAAUCUCUACAUUUCCAGCCUCGAAGACACAUUUAUGCGCAAUUUCGAGACGCUCUCUAUCGAGGAAAAUCUCGGCGCGCAGAUACUGCAGCUCGCGCAGAAGGUUGAGUACAAACCGCCCUGUCCAGAUUUCCCAGUCAGUUUACUGGUCAAAUUGUUUCUGCGUAUGCGAAUAUAUUUUACGUUAUCGCGACAUAACAAGAUUUGCAAGAACAUAGACACCCCACGUAGCUCUUUAAAUGUGAUACAGCUAUGAACUGCUCAUUUUUAUUGUGUUAUCUGUGUUCAGAUUUUAUUGUUUGUAUUGAUUACUCUAUUGUUUUUUGUAAUACUGAUUAACAGUAUUAUUUUUUAUGAUAAAUAUUAUAGCAUUUAAAAGCAAGGAUUUAAUGCUACAUUUCCGCUCAAUAUGCAUAAGUUUUCGAAUUUUAUGAUUAUUUGCACAAAAAAGCGUAUUAAACGAAUAGAUUCGUGUUGAAUAUAAGUAUUUACUGAGAGUAAAUCGCCGGAUAUGUAACGAAUCCAUAUAUUUUUAACUAAUAUUGCAACAGUCCCUUUUGACAUUGUUUAAUUAAUAAUUAUCUUGCAUGUUACAUUUAACCGAAAAUAUUUCAUUCGUAUUAUCGAAAGUAUUUAAUACGAAAUUAAAAUUUGACGUUAUUAAUAUCAUUUAUUGUCUUUUUAGUUUGUUUCUUUAUCAAAAAGUAUUCUUUAAUGAAAAAAUUAUAUAUGAAAACUUGGAGUUUUAUUUUAAGAUAGGACAUAAGCUUCAAUAUUAAGGAUAAACUUUGUAAUAUUGAAGAUAGUCUUCAGAGCAUUAUACAUUUUUUUUGUAUUUUUAAUUUUGUGUCUUAUGUUUUUUGUUUUUUUCUGUUACUGUAUUAAUCAUUCUUAUAAUCAUUCCUUCACCACGAGAGUAAAAAAAUAAUGAUGAGCUUGAAACAAUU